UUGGAGAAGGACGAAAGUGAUAGGGGCUGGUGGUGCUUCCCCACCCAUCUGACAAGAAAAAGAGUUCCGGGUUCUUUCCAGCCGAAAGCUGCUCACGAUUGACGCUUUAUCACGACGCUCACACUGCGGGGACCAUGUCUCUUUUACUGGAUAACCAAUUCAUAGAGCUCCCCCCUGACAAGGCGAUAAACACAAAGUUGUUCCUGGAUGCGGUGUCUCAUAUUCCUUCAUUUUUUGACUGCUUGGGACCAAACGUAUUUUCUGUGAUCAAAUCAGACAUUAAUGGCAAUAUAAUGAAAAUUAAAGGAGUGUAUCUUAAGGAUCCUGCGAAGUAUGUCUCCCUGCAGGACAUUGUGGAGGCAGAGCGAGAAGCCCAUGCAGCAGAAUGGCCUAAAGUUGGAGCAACAUUAGCUCUGAUGUGGCUGAAAAGGGGUCUCCGUUUCAUACAAAUCCUGCUCCAGAGUUUGGCAGAUGGAGAAAGAGAUGAAAACAACCCCAACCUAAUUCGGGUUAAUGUCACCAAAGCCUAUGAACAGGCGCUGAAGAAAUACCACGGCUGGAUUGUUCAAAAGAUUUUCCAUGUAGCGUUACUUGCAGCGCCCUACAAGUCAAACUUCCUCAAGGCUCUGUCGAAAGGAGAGGAAGUGAAAGAGGAGGACUGUCUGAUAAAUGUGCGUCAGUUCCUGGUUAAUUACACGGCCACUGUAGAUGCCAUCUACGAGAUGUACACAAAUCUGAACGCAGAGCUGGACUACACAGUUUGAUGUCCUGGGACAUCUGUCAUACCUCUCAGGUGUCAGACAAGUCCAGUUUCCAAAGGUGGUUUUAAUAGGAUUGUUUAUAGGAUAGGUAAAUAGGAUUAGUUUUACUAAAUAAUUUAUUACUACUGUAUAUUUGGUUUUUAAUAUGAUGAAAAUGUCUUGAUUCAAACCAUUAUAGCAGAAGGUUAUGUUUUUGUUCUUGUAUAUCAUUUGCAUUUGCAUCAUUGCAGCAUUAUUACUGCAAGAGUGCAGCUCUCACUCUUAUGCAGAAUUAUGUUAUUGUGUGUGAGUUGCUGCUUUAUUUAUAACAUUAAGGUGGCUUUUCAUUUGUUCCAUCAAGAGAAGAAUACAAGAUUGUAAAAAGUGUUUACAGUAACACUAUUAUCACAGGGAACCAUUUCUGUGCAUGCAGAUGUCCUCUGCCUCUUGAGCCUUGGAGUUACGAUUUCAAGUCAAAUUUAAGUCAUUUUAAAUUUUAGCCCAUUUCAGGUGUGCAUUAAUCCACUUGUGCCUUGGUGUUUCUGUACAAAAACACAAUGUUUUCAAGCUCAGAAUCAAUAAGUUUGCAAUUCUAUUUUUCCUACAAAGCAAAAGUUAGCAGAGCCAGAACUAUUUUUCUUCUGAGAGCUUAACCUGUGUCUGUUGAGUCUGAAGGUGUGGUCGACUUCCUAUUUGUCUCAACUGACCUAACUUCUUUUACACAAACAUAAUGUCAAACAAUGUUUUUCCUGUCAGCAGACAUCAUGCGCCCAUUUAAUAAUAACUUAUUUGUUAGAUCUGCAUUUUCUGAAUGACUACUUCUAGAUGAGCUGUUUGUUUUUUGGAUUAUGAACUAUGAUCAAAAUUUGUUCUUAUCACAAGAUCUUAAUGUGUGACUGAAAAUAAAAAAUAGGUGACACUA